CAUAUAUAUAUAUAUAUAUAUAUGUAUAUAGUUUCCUUUUAAUGGUUUUUUGAUAUUUUCUCUUUGGACGAUGAUGGAGGAUUAAUUGGAUCGAGAAUUUUUGUUGAGAAUAGCUCUGAUGGUUGAUAAUUGAUGUAGAAUAAUUUUUGUCUACUUUUUUCAUAUACGACGUCUAAGACUGCUCCACUUACUUCUAAAGUUGCGAGGUGUUCACCUCUUUGUGUGAAAAGGUGCAUUUGUUUUGCUUCGUAAUCGGCAACUAUUAAUUCUCCUCGGUCUGAUAGACACAUACCUCGGGGAUGUUUUAUUAUUCCUGAUGUUGCGUAUUUCAUUACUGUUGAAUUCUUUGAAUAAUUGAAAAUGAGCAUUAAUUCUUGAGCAGUCAGGCAAGUAACACCAAUAAAGGUUUCUGUUCCGCAUACUGUAAGAUCGUUAGAAUAUUCUAAUUUACCAAAUGGUAACACCAUACUCCAACGUUUCUCUUGACACAUUGGACUCCAGACUGCUAAAACUCCUUCGCCUUGGGCGUUCAUUCCACCGAGUAUUACGUCGCCGUUGUGUCUUGUAAAGACGCUGUGUACGCUAUGAAUCUCCUCCAGCUCUGUCAGUUGAAAGGGUUGCUGAUCAGUUUCGGAUCUAUGCCACAGUGUAUUAUCUUCUUCCACCCUGGCCACCCAAUAAAUUCUUCCAUCGGGUGAACAGGUUGCCGAAAUAGUCUCUUCAUUAUGAAAGAUAUCAACCAGCUCCCCACGAAAAGUAUAAAUAGCCAAGUAACGAUUUGAGCCAAUCAUUAAACCCCUUUGAUUGGGCGCCAAAGAUAUGCAAUGUACCGAACCCUCUCCCAAUGGUCGACCGUGCCUUGAAUGAUCAACUGAAAGUACUCCCAAUUGACUCGAAGCGGCGGCCGUUAUUGGUGCCCAACGAAAUCCUAACUUUCCCGGUCGAAUUACGUCUGGUUUGGUCAUUUUGGCCAAAUGCAUUAUUAAUUGUUUAACCUCAUUCGUGAGUCUUUGACUGUUAGCAUGAUUUUGUAGAUCAAUGACGUGCGCUCUCCUAGCUGAUAUUUCCUGAUUAUGGUUAAGAACUUUGAAUUGCUCCCUUUCGACAUGCUUCGUCAGUUCUUGAUAUUCUUCCCUCGCUUUUUGCAGUAGAGCUUUCUCUUCGUGCGCUAUUAAAGCAAUCUGCUGCUCAUGCCAUUGCCUUCUGGAUGUAGCCGCUUCUUUAAUCUUUUUCUCGACUGAAGCUAAAUUACCGUCAACUUUGUCCCUAUCAAUCUUUUGAAUAUUGUCGAUCUUUAGUCUUUCCAGUAUUUCGUGACAAUUGAUUAAAUCGCUCUCCAGUUCCGUAAGUAUCUUUUCAGCCUCUUGAAUUCUAUGAUCUCGAUGACCAUCGCAAUUAUCGCAAUGCCACGUAAAACAUUCCGUACACCAUUUAGUGCAUAAGACAUUAGAAUGAAGUAGACAUGUGACACGACGCUCCAUUUUACAUAGUUUACUAGCUAUUCUCUCUUUGGGAUGGUUUGUGUGAUUUACCUGGCUUUCCCUUUUCGACAUGUUGGGAGUUUGUAUGCUGACACUGCUCAUUUUUCUUCUUUAAUUAAUUUUCUUUUAUUUAUAAAUUCUUUAAUUCGUUUUUAAUUUUAAAUAUUUAGUAUUGAUGACGAAAGACUAACAACUAAACUUUAAAUUUAUUAACUAUUCCCGCCUUUUUUUAUUGCAGCGUCGCCGUUGGCAACCUGGUAAACAGUUUUGAUCAGAUCCGGUAUUUUUUGACCUAGUGUUGAAUUUAGCUUUACCCAACAACAACAAAUAUUCUACAUAUCUCGUUGAAUAAUUAAAUUUUCAGUCGUGAACUAAAUUAAACUUCUAAACGUCUGACGUAGUAAACGAUUGGUGAGAAGAUGACAUCAAGGCCUUUACUAAGGCGGAGGCCGGCAAGUUCCAAAGUAUUUCGUCAGGUUUAUGAUGAUCGUUUAAAGGAGAAAUAUGAAGAACUAUGCGAACUAAUACAAAAAACUCCAGGUCUGCCAUGCGUUGAGAAUGAUCUAUACGAAAAGGCUAAAAGAGCAAUGAAAGUGUAUGAGAGAUCUCAAAGAGGAUAUUUACCAGAUCCACUACCAUUAUCAAGGGCAGACAGGAUUGGCAGGAAACCUUAUUGUUGGCAUGAAGAGCACGCCGAUUUUGGUGUUCAAGUUGAAGAACGUUGUGAUAAUUACCUUGGAGUACCAGAACAUCAAUACGUCACAACAACAGCUCGCCAAAGAUUUUACUACGAUAAUGAAUAUCACAAUGGAACUUUGGGAAAUCAGACUAAGCCACUUUUACCUAUUAAGAAGAGAAGACCCUAUUCUGCUGUAGUGACAAGGAAAAAGGCUAGCACUAAAUUAGAUGAAACUAAAAUAAGCGGAUCUUUAACUAGCCUAUCUUCUUUGGAAGAUGAUAAAGACAAAGCUAAUAAAGAGAUAUUUCAUCGUUGGAAUGCUAAAGAUGACGAUGUAAUGAAGAAGUGGCUUAAGGAAAAAAGGAAAAUUGAAAAGCAAAAGAGAAAACUAAAGAAAAAGGAAAUAAAAGAGAAAGAAGAUAAAGAGAGAGAAGAAGAAGAGAUCAAAAAGGAAAGACAACAGCAAGGUAAGAAAGCCUUUAAGGAAUGGUCGCAAAGAAAACAAAAAGAAAUACUUGAUAGGAAAACUCAAAUGCUAAAACAACAAGAAGAAGAGGAGAAGAGGGAGAGAGAAGAACAGAAGAGAAUGGAAGUUCUAUUUGAGGAAUGGAAAAAGAGCAAGGAGAGAGAAAAGAAGCUGUUAUCCAAAAGAAAUAAUGUUAACAAUAAAAUGGAGGAAGUUGGCUCUCCUAAGGACGACACAAAUUUUCGAAAUAAUAAGGAGUUUCUAGAAUGGGCCAGGAAAAAGAACAAGGAAUUGUCUAAGGAAAAGAACGAGGAUAAUGGAACGAAAUCUGAAGAAGUUGUAAAUAAGAAAACAAGCGAAAGGAAGAAGAGAUCUCAUAGAAAAGCAAAUCUUAAAUCUGUGUCAAAAAAAGAUGUUGAAAAAUUAUCGGAAAAAUGUGAUGAACUCAAGAAAAAGGAUGAUAAACUUCUUUCAUCUGCUUCAAAGGAUAAAGAAGAGAAGGAUGGCUUUUCAGUUAGGUCUACCGAAAAAUAUGAAGAUGAAUUAAUAAAGCAAAACGAGGAUUUAAUUACGCAAUUAGAACAGAAAGAUAAUUUAGAAACAAUUACACGUCUCGAGACCCAGAUUGAAAUCGAUAAAAAGAACGCGGCGUUCAAUGGGGACAGCUUAUCAACAGGUAGAAGAAGUACAAAGGCUUUGCAAAUAGAACUCGUGGAACAUUGGAAUUCUUCUAUGACUAUUGAUAAUGAGGAAUCACCAUCCGUUUCAAUAUCAUUCAAUUCGAAAGACGAUAAUGACGAAGAGGAACCAAUGAGUACAGGUUUUGAAGAGGUUAAACAAAGCAUUGAGCAGCAACCUUCUGAAGAGGGUACUCUACCUGUAAAUCAUCCAACUGAAGAAGAUAAGGAAGACGUUUCAGAUUCUAAAGAAACAACAGAACAAAUAACCCAUUCGAAAGACUCAGGAGCUGUUCUAAAUGAGACUGAAGAUCACUCUCAAAGUACCCAAUCUGAAGCAAACUUACGACAAAGUGUAAAUCUAGAAAAUGAAAACAAUGAUAACGUGUCAAAUAGUAACAAUAAUGAUAAUAACAAUAACAAUAAUCUCAAUAACGAUAGUGAAUCAACCAGUAUUGAAACUAACCAGGUAGGUAAAAUUGAAGAUGAAAAUCAACAUUCCUCAGAUACAGAAACCUCUCAAAUGAAAAACAAUAGAACCGACGAACCUGAAUCGACGACGAUAGAAACUAAAGAUGACGUCACAAAUGAAAAAGCUGAUACUGAAAAAGAGGAAGAUUCAAACUCCGAAAAGAAUACUAAAGAAAAUGAAAUAGAAGACAAAGAAGAAAAAGACAAACAAGGUUAAAAAAAGAAACUGUUGGUAAUAUUUUUAAAUUAACAAUAACAUUAACAAAAACUCUAUCUUUAUAUUUAUCUAAUAAAAAAAGAUCAGACAUAGUUUCAAGA